UUCAUAUGAAAUUACAGAUGAAUGUGUUACAAAGAUAUGAGAAAAUAUUCAUUACAAAUAAAUUAUUGAUGAAUAUGCAGAUUUAAACUAUCCUUUUUUGACCGCCAUUCUUCUACACCGUGCACAUGCGCGCCCUCCAGUAUUUUGUGUUCUCUGUCUCUCUCUAAGAGGUGGUGUGCUGGUUUGUCGAUUCAAAUGGUAUCAUAGUCGAUAUCAAAGCAAUCUACUGUUACCUUAAAAUGUGUUAGACUGCUGCAGCGCAAAUUGUUUCAUACUUUUGUACGAAGAUAGAGCAGAUUGCGCCUGUUCUCCAUGAUACAUCGAGAACAAAGGCAUGCGUGGCCUUAUAUCUGUUUCUGUAGUCAUUGGCUGUAUCAUACAAUGUGUGUCUAAUAAUUUCGUUGUAAAGAAAUGGAAAUAUUAUAUUUCCCGAUGAUAAAAGUAUGUGUAAAUAUAAAGAGUAUGAAACGUAAACGAUUUCGGAAGUCAUCUAUAUAGACAAAAGAUACGAUUAAUGGCAUAAUGUGUUGCAUGUAUUGACGAUUUAGUCACCCUUUUACAAAAAAGAAAAUAUCAAAAAUGUCAGAAUUGAUAGACAAUUCUACAGAAAAAAUUGAUAUAAUUCUUCCUAGGCAAGGCUUCCUAUACCAGGAAGAAAAUUUAGAUUAUAUACUUUGCAAACCCAAGUUGAUUCCAUUGAAAUCAGUUACCUUGGAAAAACUAGAGAAAAUGCAAAAGGAUGCUGAAUUAAAAAUCAGAGAAACUGCAGAAGAACAGAAUAAAAUGAAUGAUACUGAGUAGAUCAUAAAAACUACUUGGAAAACUUAUAACAGUGGAGUUAUGAUAUAAGAAAGUUAAAUACUGUUACCAAACCAGAAUGAUUCC